ACCGCCACUCCCAGCCCUCCAUCAUCUACCACAACCACCACUCCACUAACCACCACUCCCAGCCCUCCAUCAUCCACCACAACCACCCCUCCACCAACCACCACUCCCAGCCGUCCAUCAUCUACCACAACCACCACUCCACUAACCACCACUCCCAGCCCUCCAUCAACCACCACAACCACCCCUCCACCAACCACCACUCCCAGCCCUCCAUCAUCUACCACAACCACCCCUCCACCAACCACCACUCCCAGCCCUCCAUCAACCACCACAACCACUGCUCCACCAACCACGACUCCUAGCUCUCCAACCCCCAGCCCUCCAUCAACCACCACAACUACCACUCCCAGCUCUCCAACCACUACAGUGACCCCAACCCCAACGCCCACCACUUUAAGCACAGAGCCCCCCACACCCACCGGCACAACCCCCAUUGCUCAGUCAACCACAUCCAAACCCCCACCUGAGUCCUCAGCUCCUCAGACCUCUCGGUCCACCUCCUCCCCUCCCACGGAGUCAACCACCCUUCCGAGUACCCCAUCACCUGCCACGAAGACAACCAGCAUGGCCCCACCUUCCACACCCACGACACCCACGGCCACCACGACGGGAGGCCGCACGCCAUCCCCACCGCCCGGCACCACCACGGCCCCUCCAGGCACCCCCACAGGAGGCACCACAACUGGGUCACCUUCACCUACCACCCGCAGCACUGCACGGACGACCACCAGUGCCUGGACCCCCACGCCCACCCCAGUCUCCACAUCCAGCAUCAUCACGACCACAGGGCUGGUGACCGCCACCGGCACUACGUGCUGUGUCCUGAACGACACCUACUAUGCACCAGGUGAGGUGGUGUACAACGGCACACUCGGGGACACCUGCUAUUUCGUGAACUGCUCGCUGAACUGCACCUUGGAGAUCUAUAACUGGUCCUGCCCGUCCACGCCCUCCCCAAAGCCCACGCCCUCCAAGCCGACGCCCACGCCCUCCAAGCCCACACCCACGCCCUCCAAGACGACGCCCACCACCAAGCCCCCCCCCGAGUGCCCAGACUUUGAUCCUCCCAGGCAGGAGAAUGAGACUUGGUGGCUGUGUGACUGCCUCAUGGCCACGUGCAAGUACAACAACACGGUGGAGAUCACGGAGGUGAAGUGUGAGCCGCCGCCCAUGCCCACCUGCUCCAACGGCCUCACCCCCGUGCGCGUCAUGGAUGACGACCGCUGCUGCUGGCACUGGGAGUGCGACUGCUACUGCACGGGCUGGGGGGACCCGCACUACACCACCUUCGACGGGCUGUACUACAGCUACCAGGGCAACUGCACCUACGUGCUGGUGGAGGAGAUCAGCCCCACCGUGGACAACUUUGGUGUCUACAUCGACAACUACCACUGUGACAUCAACGACAGGGUGUCCUGUCCCCGCACCCUCAUCGUGCGCCACGAGACCCAGGAGGUGCUCGUCAAGACCGUGCAGAUGAUGCCCAUGCGGGUGCAGGUGCAGGUGAACGGUCAGGUGGUGGCACUGCCCUACAGGAAGUACGGGCUGGAGGUGUACCAGUCCGGCAUCAACUACGUGGUGGCCGUCCCCGAGCUGGGCGCCCUCAUCUCCUACAACGGGCUGUCCUUCUCCAUCAGGCUGCCCUACCACAAAUUCGGCAACAAUACCAAGGGCCAGUGCGGCACCUGCACCAACACCACGUCUGACGACUGCAUUCUGCCCAGUGGGGAGAUCGUCUCCAACUGUGAGGCCGCGGCCGACCAGUGGGUGGUGAACGACCCCUCCAAGCCACACUGUCCCCACAGCAUCUCCACGACCAAGCGCCCGGCCGUCACGGUGCCCGGGGGCAGCAAGACGACCCCACACAAGGACUGCACCCCAUCUCCCCUCUGCCAGCUCAUCAAGGACAGCCUGUUUGCCGCGUGCCACGUGCUGGUGCCGCCACAGCACUACUACGAAGCCUGCGUGUUCGACAGCUGCUUCGUGCCCGGCUCGCGCCUGGAGUGUGCCAGUCUGCAGGCCUACGCGGCCCUCUGCGCCCAGGCGGGCGUCUGCCUCAACUGGCGGAACCACACGCACGGGGCCUGCCUGGUGGAGUGCCCAUCUCACAGGGAGUACCAGGCCUGUGGCCCUGCAGAAGAGCCCACCUGCAAGUCCAGCUCCUUCCAGCCGAACAACACAGUCCUGGUGGAAGGCUGCUUCUGUCCUGACGGCACCAUGAACUACGCUCCUGGCUAUGACGUCUGCGUGAAGACCUGCGGCUGUGUGGGACCCGACAACGUGCCCAGAGAGUUUGGGGAGCACUUUGAGUUCGACUGCAAGGACUGUAUCUGCCUGGAGGGUGGAAGUGGCAUCAUCUGCCAGCCCAAGACGUGCAGCCAGAAGCCUGUUACCCACUGUGUGGAGGAUGGCACCUACCUGGUCACGGAGGUCAACCCUGACGACACCUGCUGUAACAUCAGCGUCUGCAAGUGUAACACUAGCCUGUGCAAAGAGGAGCCCCCCCUGUGCCCACUGGGAUUUGAACUGAGGAGCAAGAUGGUGCCGGGCAGGUGCUGUCCCUUCUACUGGUGUGAGUCCAAGGGGGUAUGUGUUCACGAGAAUGCUGAGUACCAGCCCGGUUCUCCAGUGUAUUCCUCAAAGUGCCAGGACUGCGUCUGCACCCACAAGGUGGACAACAGCACCCUGCUCAACACCAUCGCCUGCACCCACGUGCCCUGCAACAACUCCUGCAGCCCCGGCUUCGAGCUGGUGGAGGCCCCCGGGGAGUGCUGUAAGAAGUGUGAGCAGACACACUGCAUCAUCAAGCGCCCCGACAACCAGCACAUCAUCCUGAAGCCUGGAGACUUCAAGAGCGACCCCAAGAACAACUGCACGUUCUUCAGCUGCGUGAAGAUCCACAACCAGCUAAUCUCGUCCGUCUCCAACAUCACCUGCCCCGACUUCGACCCCACCAUUUGCGUCCCGGGCUCCAUCACAUUCAUGCCCAACGGAUGCUGCAAGACUUGCAUCCCUCGAAAUGAGACCAGGGUGCCCUGCUCCACCAUCCCCGUCACCAGGGAGAUUUCACAUGCGGGCUGCACCAAGAGUGUCAUCAUGAAUCACUGCUCCGGGUCCUGCGGGACAUUCGUCAUGUACUCGGCCGAGGCCCAGGCCCUGGACCACAGCUGCUCCUGCUGCAAAGAGGAGAAGACCAGCCAGCAGGAGGUGGUCCUGGACUGCCCCAAUGGGGGCUCGCUGACGCACACCUACACCCACAUUGAGACCUGCCAGUGCCAGGACACCGUCUGCGCACUCCCCGCCAGCACCUCCCGCCGGGCCCGGCGCUCCCCCAUGCGUCUGGGGAACGCGUGAGCGGCGUGGGCACAUCCCGGCUCCGCUGCCCUCCGCAGCUCUGCCUCCCCUGAGAGGCCUCCUAAGCAAUAAAUACCCUCGCUUCAGAUAUU